AAUAUCUUGCCGACGGACUGGUCCUACGAGGUAAAGAGUCGUCCUGCGUCCCUACAGGUCAAGCGAUAGUUGGUGUUAUUUACUUUGUUAAUUAUGAAUACCCGUACAGUUGUCGUGUGUUUGUGUGCGGCAGCAUUAUGCCACACCGAACAGACCUUUGCUCAUGAACAUGUCAGUGUUUGUUCUCAGUCAGACGACGGCUGGAUACCACAUAGCUGCAUGCAUGUGACCCUCAACUCGACUGUCACAGAGGAAUGGAUGAUGACACACCAGACGAGGCCUCUGCGGAGCUCAGGACCAGGCACCUCGGAGGAUGGGGUGUUGCUCAGAUAGCUGCUGGCACUGGGCUUGCUGUAUAUGCUAUGUGGGUGGGAAUCCUCCAGCCUGGCUUCCGAAGAGUCCCCUUGAAGCUGCAGGUCCCUUAUACUCCUGCCAGCAAAGCUCAAGUAGGCAAUGUAAUGACAUUGCUGAGAGGUCGAAAGGGAGGCCUCGUGGACUUGGGAUCUGGUGAUGGUCGUAUUGUCUUGGAAGCCCAUCUGCAGAGUUUCGCUCCUUCUGUUGGUUAUGAGCUCAACCCCUGGCUUGUUCGCCUGGCCCGCUUUUAUGCGUGGAGGGCAGGUCAUCAUGAAAAAGUGUCGUACCGAAGGGAAGAUCUCUGGAAGGUCGACUUGACAAAAUGCAAGAAUGUCACAGUGUUUUUGGCUCCUAGCGUGCUUUUAUUAUUGCAGCAGAAGUUGCAGGCUGAGCUGCCUGAUGAUGCUAUGGUGGUAGCUGGUCGUUUUCCCUUCCCUGACUGGACACCCUGCAGGAUUGAAGGACAUGGUGUGGACAGAGCCUGGGCAUAUAGCAUGCAAGCACAAAGACAGCACAUCCUCAAGAAAAAUGAUAAGCUCACAGUCACUGAUAGCAACAAUGAAGUAACCAAUGAGAAAGAAACCAUUUGAAGCUACAUGGAUGUCUUUUCCCCUCUAAAAUGGUGACAUGGCACUAUACUGUAUAUGACUGACUUACUCCUGAUCCUUCACUGGAAUAUGGAGAAUGUUUAACAUAACUUGACUGUCUGUCAGACUACAUCCAGUUGUAGAUGUUGUCAAAAAAGUAUUCAAACUACUUUACUGUGGCCCUGAAAUGACAGGGAUCAGAAAACAUGUAGGUUUUUGCACAAAUGCCAAUUUUCUGCUCUUUUGAUGGAGGGGAUCCUUCAUAAUGCUUUCUGUAACCACACCUUUACCUCCAGAAUACUAUAAAUGUUUUAGGGAUUACCUACCUUUUUAAAUGUUGUUUUAAAUGCCAAACAACUGAUUAUUUACUUAUUUUCUUAUAUUGAUUGUUAUUUGUUAGUACUUGUUGUCCUUGAGCAAGGCACCUAACCCCUAACUGAUCCUGGAGUGUCUCUACGUAGCAGCCCAUCACUCCACCUGUAUGUGCACUAUUAUUAUUAUUAUUUUGGGCCUGUGUGUGUGUGUGUGUGUGUGUAAAACAUUAAGGGGGAAAAUAAUUUCCUCAUUAGGGAUUAAUAAAGUAUAUCUUCUUCCUCUUCUAUUUCUUAUGCGGGCCUACAUAUAAUUAGACAACUUCAUAGGAAAUUUUGAAAGGAGGAACUAAAAGUUUAAAAGCUUUGUGGGUUUGGUCAAAGGCACUUAGUGCUGUGGAAAUGUCUUUGUGUCAGCAGCUGUGGAUUGUGACUCAUCAGGCUCUGGAUGUCAAAAGUGACUCGUGUUUUUUUGUUUUGUUUUUUAAUCUCACCGCCAGAUUGUAAAUUCUCUUCAUGUUCUACAGCAGUAUGACAUAGUUACCUCUGUAUACAUUUUUUUGGGUGUGUGUGUGUGUAAAUUAUUAUCCAGUCAGUUUGUUAUUGGCUGUUGCCAAAAAAUCUCUUUAUUCUCUUGAAUUGUAUGUUUUUACUUUGCUGCUAUAGUUUCUGCAAUAAAAGUAAUUGCUCUAAUCUCUA